AUGAAAAAAUUGCUCAUUCUUCUUGCCACUAUUCAAUUGUGUUCUACAACACAAUUCAGCGUGUCAACUAACUUCACAUGUAACCUCGGAGGAUCGCGAAAAGUUCAAUUGGGAAUCUGGGAAUCGGAUUUUGCUGGCGUCAAAGACAAUAAGAUCGGAGUUGAUGAUCUAGAUUUCAAAGCUUUUGGAACAAGUUCUGUUGAAGGACAAACAUCGAAGGAUCAUCCAAGUGAUGAGGUAAUUUUUCAGCAAAAACUUCCACUAAAUUAAUGUUUUUUGCAGAAGGAAUUCUUCAUUUACGCGUGGAUUUAUCAUAACUGCACACCUUCAGGAGAAUCAGAAUGUCUUUACAAUUAUUUGGGAAGUUCGAAUCCAUCUCUUGAAAAAGUUGAAUAUAAAUUUUCGGCUAAUCUGAGCAAUAGUACACUCCAGAAAUGCUCAUAUUACCCAAAUCUUUUGAGUCGUUAUUCUUAA